GGAAGCGAAGAUGGCGGCGGUUGCCAUGGAGGUGGCCGGGCCUGAGAAGCCCCUGCAAGAGGAGAACCCGCGGGGAGGCGCCGCCGCCUCUUCCUCCGCAGGGAGCGGCACUUAUGAAUUGCCCUGGGUCGAAAAAUACAGACCUGUGAAGCUGUCUGAAAUUGUUGGGAAUGAAGACACCGUCAGCAGACUGGAGGUCUUUGCAAGGGAAGGAAAUGUCCCAAAUAUUAUCAUCGCAGGUCCUCCAGGAACUGGGAAAACCACCAGCAUCCUCUGUCUGGCACGUGCCCUUCUGGGGCCUGCGUUGAAAGAAGCCAUUCUGGAGCUGAAUGCGUCAAAUGACAGAGGCAUUGAUGUUGUGAGGAACAAAAUCAAGAUGUUUGCUCAGCAGAAGGUGACGCUUCCGAAAGGCCGGCAUAAAAUCAUCAUAUUGGAUGAAGCUGACAGCAUGACGGAUGGAGCCCAGCAAGCCCUGAGACGGACGAUGGAAAUUUAUUCCAAAACAACUCGCUUUGCUCUUGCUUGCAAUGCUUCCGAUAAAAUCAUAGAACCCAUCCAGUCUCGCUGCGCAGUGCUCCGCUACACCAAGCUGACGGACGCUCAAAUUCUUGCCAGGCUGAUGAAAAUUGUCGAGAAGGAGAACGUGCAAUAUACAGACGAUGGGCUAGAAGCCAUUAUCUUCACGGCCCAGGGAGACAUGAGGCAGGCGCUGAACAACUUGCAGUCUACCCAUUCUGGAUUUGGCUUUGUCAACAGUGAGAACGUGUUCAAGGUGUGUGAUGAGCCCCACCCUUUGCUGGUGAAGGAGAUGAUUGGCCACUGCGUCAGCGCCAAUAUCGAUGAAGCAUACAAGAUCCUGUCCCACUUGUGGAGGCUUGGCUAUUCUGCUGAAGACAUCAUCGGCAACAUCUUCAGAGUGUGUAAAACCUACCAGAUGGCCGAGUAUUUGAAGCUGGAGUUCAUCAAGGAAAUUGGCUAUACACACAUGAAGAUAGCGGAAGGAGUCAACUCGCUCUUACAGAUGGCAGGACUGCUAGCCCGGCUUUGUCAGAAGACAGUGGUUCCUACAGCGAGCUGAAGCCAUGGAUGGGAGAUGGACCUUCUGAGGAGGGGAAACUGUUUGUGUAACAGUUGUGGGCAUUUGGAGUUGCACUUGGCGAUUUGGACACAGUUGUCAAAAAUAUUUGUGUGAACACGUGAGUUGUAGGGAUUUUUUUUUUUUUACCACUUCAGACCGAAAUAAAGUUUGAUAUAAAGCUGAAGACCUCUCAUUUCGCUGUAUUGAUAAGAUUACCACAAUCAGUAAAAGCAGAUGCCUUUUAAAAUUUUCCCUCACCUGUAUUGCUCUGAGAUCUGUGGCUGAAGGGUAGUAUACAAGUUUAAUAAUGAUGUCUUCUUUGGUGAUCACUCAAAGCCGAGUAAGAUUGUCUUCCAUGAACACAGUGACUGUGGAGGCCGAUGAUACAGUUUUUAAGGACCUGGGCAGCACAUCUAUCUUCUCAUGUAGGACGUUUGCUCAGUUAACCUUCUACAUCAGGGUUUCCCAAACUUGGGUCUCCAGCUGUUUUUGGACUGCAAUUCCCAUCAUCCCUGACCACUGGUCCUUCUAGCUAGGGAUGGUGGGAGUUGUAGUCCAAAAACAGCCGGACCCAAGUUUGGGAAACACUGUACAUAAUGCCCUUUUUAAAAGCAUCUGUUGAUCUUUGGUAGUUGGAGGAAUAUCUUAACAUUGCUUCUGGGAACAGAUGUAGACCUGGUGACAGAAUCCUUUCUUUCCUUGUUUUAAACACCCCAAGCAAUUUGAUAUUGUCAGCAAACUUGACUGCUGCCUCGCUGGUCACAUCAGGAUCAUGGAGAACAGGAUACAGCUAGCUGUUAAUCAGGUGAUGCCGCAGUGUAAUCAGAUGCCCCAAAGGAACAUUUCUCCUUUGUUGGAACUGUUUGACCCAUGCCUGCAGGGGGAAGAUCCUUUGCAUUGAAUACAAGCCAGUGGUUCAAUGGGGCAAAGUUGCAUGGCAGUUAAGCUCAUUGACUUAAGGUCCCCCAUCUUAGUCUGCUCUGGACCAUUCAUGGACAAGUUAAAAAACACAGGUCCCAAUUGCACUCCUCAAGUGACUCCACUUCCUACAUCCCUCCAUUGGGAGAACAGCUUCUACUAUCUUCAUUUUGUUCCUUAACUACCUUACUGAGCCGUAAGAGGACCUGUUCUCUUACCCUAUAACGUGCACUUGGUUAGACCACAGGGGCCUCGGAAAAGAUAUAGACCACACUAAGCUGAAGUCUCUAUUUCUUUCACAAGAGAUCCACCCACUCGUUCUUCUGCUAAGCGAUAAAUGUUGAACUUGCCUUGCAAAAGCUAAAACAAACACAGCUCACCGGAGGAAAGUGAAGGUGUUGUCACGGGACUAACUACAGAACUGUGCUACCAGUCUGUGCAGAUACAACACUCAGAAGAAUUACUUUCUAGCCUCACUUGAAGAACUAGGGCCCGAAACUAUUUUCACCAAUCAGAAGCUAAUGGUUGUCCAUGCCUUGUAUUGGCCGAGGGAAUAAAGA